AUGGGAAAUGAGGCCGGCGCCAGGAUCGCGGCGCGGCUGCCGCCCCGCCUCGAGGGGCACUGGGUCUCCACCGGAAGCCCUUAUAGACUCGUCUUCCACAGCCGGCGCGCCAUGCGCGAGGUGGCCGCCUGGGUCAACGGGACGUCGGGCACGGGCUGCAGCGGCUUCCUGCCCGCGGGGCGCAGCUGGGCGCCCGGGGCGCUCUACGAGGUGCUGAGCGCCAAGACGGAGCGCGACUGCACGGCCGCGCUGGGCUUCGCCAUGCACGAGCUCAGCCUGGUGCGCGUGGAGAAGCACUACCAGGCCCUGCCGCGGCCCGGCGGGCGCCUCCUGGAGGAGCUCUACCUGGGCGACAUCCACACCGAGUGGGGGGAGAGGCUCCACUACCGGCCCACGGGCUACCAGCGACCUCUGCAGAACGCUGUGCACCAUGUGCAUCCUUGCCCAGCCUGCGGGAUCAUAUACAGAGCUGAUGAACACCAUCCACCCAUCCUACCUGCGCAAGCCGAGCUGCCCAUGCAGCUGGGUGGCAGCUGGGUGAGCACCCACUGCGAGGUCCGGCCCGCCGUGCUGUUCCUCACCAGGUACUUCAUCUUCCACGGGAGCAAUCACACCUGGGAAGGGUAUUAUUACCACUACUCCGACCCCCUCUGCAAGCAGCCGACUUUCACCAUCUACGCGUCCGGGCAUUACACCCAAGGCAUCCCCUCCUCCAAAGUGAGAGGUGGCACCGAGCUGGCUUUUAAGGUCACCCAGGCUCGGGUGACGCCGAUGGACCAGGUGACGGUGAUGAUGCUCAACUCCUCGGAGCCGGGAAGCUGCGGGCUGACAAACUCCUGGCGCGCUGGGAUGGAGCAGGAUAUAACUCCCACAAAUGGAUGUUUGGCUCUGGGCAUCAAGCUGCCGCACACGGAGUAUGAGCUGUUCAAAACAGAGCAAGACGCCAAGGACCGCAGCUUGCUGUUCAUCGGCGAGAGGCCCACGGAUGGAUCCAGCCCCGACCGUCCAGACAAGCGACCCACGUCGUAUCAAGCACCUCUUGUUCAGUGUGCUGGGGCCUCGGAGGAAUUCUCUAAAUAUCUUAGUCUGAAAUACUUGGGAAAGCAGGGUGCUAGUGGGAAUGAAGCACUAAAACCUUUGCCUGUGGCCUUUUUAUUGUUUGUAGCACUGCAAUUUUUGAGAUGGGACUAGCUCUCUAUUCAGGUACAGCAAAGAAUUCACAUAGUCCUGGUGCUAGGAUGAUUUUAUAUUCUUCAAAUGAUCACCUCUGGAAUAAGUUUUACUUAGAUUUGAAAAC